AUGAAUGAUGAUUUUGAAUGCUUUAUAAAGAAAAAAAUCACAUCACUCUUGAGGAUUCGAGAGAAUAUUUUUACCGCCUGCAUGCAACAUGGGACAAAUAAAGAUGAAUUAAAUAAUUUUUUUUUGACGUCACCUGUUAAUACUGUCCUGUUUUUCGUUCUUUACAAGCACACAUAUGAUGGUGAAACAGGUGAUCAAGCAAUUUUGGAAAAUAGUAUUGCCCAGUCAACGGAAGAAACAAACAACAAUAUAGAAAAGGAAGAAAUAAAUAAGUCUCCAGAAAAUAAAAAAGAUAUAGAUAGUCAAAUCCAUUCCCAUAAUAGCACCGAUGAAACAAUAAAAAACCAAAAUGACGAAAGUAAAAAAACUGAAAAAACAAAUGAAAAGGAAAAUAUUUCUAAUGAGGAACUACGAAAUAAUACAAACCAAAAUGAUAAUAAAGAAGAAAUUACAUCCGAGGCGGCUAAUAAUAAUUGUGAAGGAGAAGAAAAUGCUGACGAGACAAAAAAAACAAAAUGCAACCACUAUAUACUAAAAAUGAGUAUAAAUAAUAUAAACAUUGAUGAUCAUGAAAAAGAAAAUUUACAAUCCCCGAGUAUUCAACCAAUGACUAACAAAAAAAAUAUAACUACCUCUAAGCAAAUUGUUUACUUUCUAAAAAUAAAAAAUGAUAAAAUUCAAGACAACUUAGAUGAAUAUUUUAAUGAUAAUUACACCUUUGGAAAUUUACAUCAUAAUUAUAUUAACAAUUUUAAAACAUAUUUCAAAAUAUUUUUUAUACCAUUUUUUUUGUCUUUAGUAAAAAAAAAUGAUGCAUUUGAAUAUCUUGGUAAAGAAAUCGAACAUAAUGAAAAAAUGGAUGAUAUAUUAAUUAAAAUACAAAAUUUUAAAAAAAAUGAAAUGUUUUACAAUAAAUUAUAUAAUCUAAAUGAACUAAACGAAAAUAAAUAUUUGAAUAUCAUAGAAAAGGAAAAGCAAGAAAACUCCCACUACGAACUUGAAUGGCAAUCUACUUAUUCAGACAUAAUUAUAAACCCCCCAAAUUUAGACACAAAUAAUUUUAUGCAUCAACAAAAAGAUUUCUCUAAUAUAGACGACAAAACUACCAUACUCAACAAAGAUUGUGAAAAUAAAAACAUUGACGAAAUAAACGCCAAAAAUGAAUUAAUCCCUAAUACUUACGAUAUUAUAAACAAUCUACCUGAACACAUUGAUGAGUUAAAUUAUAGGGAGAAUGAAAAUGAUAUAACAGUAGAAAAAAAAGAAAAAUUUAUACGAAAUAAAAAUAUUUUAAGCGUAUUAUACUAUUUAAUAAGCUACUAUAAGCAAAUACUAAAAGUAGAGCAAAUGUCAUACAACGAAAUAAAUACAGACAUAAUAAAACUUAAAGACAAUGCUAUAAAUAUAGAUAACUAUUUAAGAACAAUUUAUAAUUUAACAAAAAAUUUUAUGUUAAAAGAACAAAAAAAUUAUUACAAAAAAACAAAUGACAAAACACAUCCUGCAUAUUGGAAGGAAAGAUAUCAUAGAAUUUAUAAUUUUCUUGAAAAAAUUAAUAGUAAAAAAUUCGAAAAAAUUAUUGAAAAUAUCAAAGGGAAAGUAUAUAAUAAUGAAUUGUCUAAUGAAAUUAAAUCCUUACUAAAAGAAAUAGAAAGUAUUCACAUAGAAUCAUUUGAAAUGAUUAAAUUUAGUAAGCUCUUAGAAAAUUCUUUUGAAACAUUAAGACACAGUAAUAUAAAUAAAAUGAAAAAUGGUAUUAAAUUAGUUAUACGUAAAAUAAAAAAUAUAUGGUUAAGUUCAAAUUAUUUUAGAAAAGAAGAAAUAAUAAUUGCAUUUUUUCUCAAAUUAUCAGAAAUCAUAUUUGAAUUUAUACAUUUUCUAGCUAUCAAGGUAAAAAAAAUAAAUAAUCCUAAAAGUAUUAAAAAAAAUAUGUCUAAAUGCAUAGACAUUUUGAAGUUUUAUGAAAAGGAAUUUAUUUAUGCUAAACUAGACAUAGAAAUAAUCGAUAUUAGAAAAAAUUGGUAUUUUGAUAAAAGUCUUAUAUUCAAAAAUAUAAGACAUCUUCAACAUGUUUUGGCAACACUACAUACAGUCUAUUCAGAAAUAAUAUAUUUCACUGAUUUAUGCUUGCUAAAAUUAAAAAAAUUAGUAAAUAAUAAAAAAAUUAUGAACAGUAUUAUGGUAGAAGUUAAUAAACUAUAUGAACCAUUCAAUGGUGUACUAAAAAAUAUUUAUCAAUACGAUGACGAAUCUAUAAUGCAACUAAUGAAAAAUUUAAAUGAACAAUGUUUAAAUAUAGAAAAGAAAUGUAUCAAAAUUAUUAGUAUGCAAUUUUCAAAUUUAAGAGAUACUAAAUCUACUUAUUUAUUAGUUGAAAAAUUCCAAAACUUAAAAAAAAAUUAUAAAAUCGAUAGACUUUUAAUAAAAAAAUUAUAUGACAUAUUAUUCCUAUAUAAAAGAGAACUAUAUUUAUAUAUAAAUUUAUUUAACAACAUGUGUAAUAAUAAAGAUUUAGAUAUUUAUAAAAGGUUUCUUUUCUGCUUAAACAUAUAUAAAAAAAUUAAAAAGCCAAUCCUAAUAUUUAAGACAAAUAAUUAUAUAACAACAUCAAAUGAGUAUAAAAUUAUCGUCAAACUAUAUAUUAACUUUUGUAAAAAAAUGUUCUCAUAUAUUGUAGAGAAAUAUGUUCAAUGGAAAAAUAAUUCUUUAUCACAAAUGAAUAAAUUCUUAUCAUCAAAUAUUAUUACUAUCAAUAAACAACUUAAUUUUUUUUAUGUCAUAAAUUUUGAUAAUAAUUUCUUUAAGACAUUAUAUGAGUACGCAUAUAUUGAAUCAAUAUACGAUUUUAAUGCCCCUAUUGAAAUAUUAAAUAUGUAUAAGUUAAAAAAAAAUUUGUAUAAAUAUCUUUACGAGCUAGAUGAAAUUAUACUUUUUUAUAAAAAAUUUACAGAAAACACUUCAAUCAUUCAGCAAAAAGUAUUAAUAAAAUAUUUCCAAGAAUUUGAACAAAAAUUGAUUUAUAUUUCUAAUAAUAUUAAUUGGUUAAAUUUAAACAUAUAUCAUUAUAUAAACGAUCUAAAUAAUUGCAAAAAUACAAUCCAAAAUGUCCAUUUAUCUUUAUCCUAUUCACUAAAUAGUAUAGACAAAAUUAUUUUUAAUAUGCAAAAUAUUAAUGUAGUCAAAUAUAUAGAAUGGGAAAAUAUGAACCCACUAAAUAUACAACCAUUUUUUAACUACUUUGAACAGUAUAGAAUAAAUGAAAUUAAAAAAGCAGUUGAAAAAUAUAAAGAAAUUUCACAAAUAUUAAUAAAAAUCGAACAAAUUAUAGAAAAAACAAAAAAUGGAAGAAGUGAAGUUAUGGAUGAAUUAUAUUAUCUUUAUCAAUGUAAAAUUUAUAAAUGUCUAAGUUUAAUUAUUAUAAAAGGUUUAUGCACAUAUGAAACAUUAAUAGAAAAUGAUUUUCCAAAAAAAGUAUUGCACAAUUAUAAACCAUGCUUAUAUAUAAAAGAAGACAUACAUUCUGAUGUUUUUUUAAAUAAUUCAAUACAAAAUAUAUUUAAACUUAUAUCAAAAUUAUUAACAAAUCUAUUAUUAUCUUCUUCAGAAUUUAUUAGAUGGCUAGAUUAUUCAUGCAUUGAAGUACCUAUAUCUUUAAAAGAAGACUUUGAAUUUUUUAAAACUAAAUUUUCAUUUUAUCAAAGUGUUAGUAAAAAUAAAAUUAUUAUUGACAGAAUAAUACAUAUACAUCAACUUAUUCAAAAUGUUUUUCAAAAAGCCAAUAAAUAUAUUUAUAGUUUUCUAAAAUACGAUAACAUCAUAAAUUCAAUUGUUAAAACUCAAAAUAAUUUCAGCAUGCAACAAAAUAUUACAUAUCCAUUAAUAUAUUAUGAUAAUAUACUAAAAUAUAUAACUAAUAUUCAAAAUAAAAUUGACAAGGAAAAUGACAAAAAAACUAUUCAGUUUAUUUCUUUAAAUAUUUCAUUUGUUCUUAAUGCUAUCAAAAAUAAACUUUUUGAUUCAAAAAAAUUCUUCUUCAACAAUUUGCACUACAUAUUUACCACUCUCAAAUGUUCGACCUUAAGUGAAAUCACGAAGUAUAGUGGUAUAUUAAAAACUUCAUCUAACUCUAUGGAUAAAUACGAAAAUAUUAUAAAAACAAUCAACAAAAUAAAAGCAGAAAAUAUAAAUAUCGAAAUAAAUAUCCAAAAGACAGAAGAAAUUUAUAAUAUGCUAUCAAUAUACGAAGAUAUUAACAUAAAGGAUGAAGAAAAAAACAAAAUAUUAUUACUUUAUCCCUUAUACUUAAAUAUGCUAAACUUAGCAUUUUUCAAUGAUAAUUUAAUGUUUACAGUAAAGAAAGAAUUCUACGAAAAGACAAAAAAAAAGAUAAUUUUAUUUGAAGAAAAAAUAAAAAACAUUUUAGAAAAGUUUCAUUCGGUUGGUCCAUCAUCUGAAAAUAUCGAUUUAAAUGAAGGAAUGGAAAGCUUAAAAAAAUACAUAAAUGAUUUUAAAAGCCUAGAAAUUGAAAAAGAAGAAAUAAUUAAAGAUCAAAUAUUAUGCAAUAUGAAAAUAUUAUUAUUUGAAAAAUUCUAUUUAUUGAAAAACACAAUCAAAAUUUAUAAUUCUAUUUAUUCUAUAUACAAUUAUUAUGUUACUAGAAUAAAUGAUUUUCUAGACAUUACAUAUUACAAGCUAAAUGUUAAGGUGAGCAUUCCAAAAAAUGAAACAAUUUUAAUAGAAUUAUGCACAAUUAAGAAGACCAUUUACAACAUAUAUAUAACUUAUAUUUUUUUAAUAAAUUGCAGGAUGUAUAUAAAUCAUUAA